AAUCAAUUGAAGCUGCAAAUAGCCAACAGGUCGACAGCAUCGCCUUCUUGCGCCAACACGUCAAGAUGCUGUCGCGACAGAUUGUACGGGCGGUGCCCAGAACUGCUACCCGACUACCACUCAUUUCACGCCGAACCUACCUCCCCCCGUCGAUCAACAGCCGCGAUGUUCUUGACCAGAAGUACCCGGAUCCCCCUAGGCUUACAGAGGAGGAAGAUCCCGGAAUGAACGGUGGAUACGUCAACCCUCUCCCUGUCAAACGUCAAUUCCGUGACCCUCAUGGAGAUUGGUGGGACAAGCAGGAGAGGAGGAACUUUGGCGAGCCUGUCCACGAGGAUUUCGAUCUCCACGGCAUGUUCACGCCGCACGAGUACACAUGGACGACUCCUGGCAAGGGUGCCGUCAUGUUCGGCACAUUUGUUGUUGCCUUUCUGGGUGUAUUGGUUGGCGUCAAGAUGGCAUACCCUGAUAUCCAGUCGUAUCCCCGCGAGUUCGAGGGUGGCCUUGAACGCGAGCUCGGAGGUCCCGGCGCGAUGAGGGCAAGAAUGGCCGGAGACCCAGAGCCAUUUGUCAAGGAAUAAAAGGCGCGGAAUGCCCUCUUGUACAUACACUUUGUCUAGAAGAAGUCGUGGAUUGGGAGAAAUCGGCCGCCGCCAACUAAAUCCGGUGUUUCGUAUGUCUUUGAACCUCAGGAGUUCCACGACAUGCCGCAGGUGUAGGGGAGCUUGAUUUCCCUCUCUUAGGGCUCAAUCCCGUAAGUACCACCUUGUGUUGAACUGAACUAUUUUCACGUGGAUCACGGCCGGAAACCAACGCGUUCCGAGAUCGUGAACUUAAACGGUGCCGUACCCUCAAAACUGCUUUCGCCGGAGGUACCCACCGGGGUCGUUAAGUUUGCCUGGAUUCGGAACAAUCUCAUAACAAGCAGGUAUUCAAUAGGACCUGGCCAGUUUGGCUGGUCCUGACUAAAAAUGUCUGAAGGUAGUUGGCUUGCUUUGGUUCAAUUGCUGCAUGCUUUGGACUUUUUUUUUUCUUUCUUUGCCCCCAAGGAAGGAGGUGAGUUAUCGCAAGACCAGC